AUGGCCACCACGUCCACUGUGAUCAGGGACGUUUCGCCUACAAUCACCACUUUCACCACACCAUUCAACCGCUUCGCGCCCUUGGGCUUCCGGAAAUUCGUCGCCGUUGGCCUCCGUGCCACCGCGAUAGUCCUACACGAUAGUCGCAUCCUUCUCCUCAACCCAAUCCAACUGGAAGAUUCGGUCAGAGACAAACUGACGGACCUUGGCGGCGUCCAUUUCAUCGCCGCCGACCUGGGCCAUCAUCUCUACGUCAAGGAUUAUCUGUCUGUCUGGCCAUCCGCCAAAACAAUCGGCGUGCCUGGUCUGGAGCGGAAACGGAAGGAUAUCAGAUGGGACUUCAUCUACUCUAAUCGCCGGCACCCUCCAGAGGAUGUGUUCGAUUUUGCGGAGGACGUCGAGACUGUCUUGUUUGAAGGAUUCAUCACGUUCUGCGUCGCUUGGUAUCACAAGCCCAGCAAGACUCUCCUCCAAUCCGAUCUGAUGAUGAACUUGGCUUGUACCGAACAAUAUGAUCCAUCGUCAUCAGAUGCCGGCAUCUUGUCACGAGAAUUCGCCAAACGUGCACAUUCAUCGUCGAUAUGGUCCAGGCGCCUGGUCUAUUACGUCGCAACAACGGAUUACUCUCUGAUGCGCCGAGACGCGAAGCGCGUCGCUGAAUGGGAUAUUCAGCGUAUUAUUCCGUGCCAUGGAGAUACCCUCGAAGAUGGGGGGAACGAGGCAUGGGCGUCGGUGUACGAGUGGUUUCUGAAAGGCAGACCAAAACCCAGCUUCUUCAGACGCGUCGCUGACUCCAUCUUGAAGGUGGCGAGGAGGGUCUUUUUGAUGUGA